CCCUCUUCCCCUCCUCCCUCCCUCCCUCCCUGCUCGGGCCUCUUCCUCCUCCCUUCCCCCUCUCCGCCCGGCGUACAUUUCCCCUGCCGACUCGCUUGUAGGCCGUCACUCAUGGUCCUUCCCGCCACGAUCGCCGGAUCGGGCGGCUUCCUCCCGGCAGAGGGCUCGCCCACCCGUGGACACCAGUAUCCGCACCAUGCAGCGGGCAGCCACCAAGUGGGCUCCGCCCACCACUCGCAUCACCAUCAUCACCAUUCGCACCAUCGGUCGCACCCCGGGCCGGGAUCCAGCACCGACUCCCUGGGGUUGUCGCCCGGUUCCGGGGCUCUGGCAUUCGAUUCGCCGGAUCUGCCUCCAGUGACUGGCACCUCGACCAGCACAUUCGCCGAAGACCUCCGACCCGGGGCGGACUUUUCUCAUGCCGGGGAUUUGGGGUCGCUGCUGGGCUCCGAGGGGGGUGCACUCCCCAGGGCAUCACCCGGCGCGACCGAUUGGUUGCCCUCACGCAUUGCCGGCGCAGCCGACUUGACCGAUACCAUCCUGGCCGCCGGGCUGCCCUCCGGCGACAAGGCCGACCUUGACUUCCUCUCUGGACUGAAGCUCAUUCGUGAUGCAUUUAACUUGCGGUCAUCGAUGCGCGACCAGGAGCUCGCACGCCUGCGCCAUGAGCUGGAUCGCAAGACCGCCGAGCUGGAGGACCUGAACGCUCGACACGUUCGUCUUGGCGAGGAAUACCGCCAGGCCACCGAUCGCAAUGCGCGCCUGCAUUUGGAAAUCCGUCGCCUUUACUCCUUCCGCAAGCACAUCAUCGAUAGUUUCGACGAACUGGAGGGCCAAAAUGCCGCAGCCGCGAGCAAGGCCGCCAUGGCCUCGUCCGAGCCUGCUCCCGGAUCGGUGGACUCCUUCGCAUCGGUCCAUCCCCCCGGCGGAGCGGCAAAGGGGCCCACCAGCGGCACCCCUCCAAGGACAAGCAGCUGGAAUUCCCCCGGGUCUCGAGUCAGCCCUCCAGGCCCCCGCCCGGUGUCCGGCCCGACAGCGCCGGGUCUCUCACAUCUUGGCGUCCGGGAUCUGGGGACACAUCUCAGCACCGAGGCCCCGUCGGGGGUUCAGGCGCCGGCCACGGCCCCCAGCGUCGGAUCUGCGCCUGGGGCAGGGCCCAGUCUUGGGUCUCCUGCUGUCGUUGAUGGUCGGGAGUUUUUCACCUUGGCCAAGUCAGUCCUCCCACCCGAGAAGUUUUCGGCCCUCAUCGAUGCCAUCGCCAAGUACAAUCGGCGCCAGUAUGACCAAACUCAACUGGAAACAAUUAUGUACAAUAUCGCCCGGUCGAUGUACUAUCCCCCCGCCCCCGGAACGCCAGGGGUGUCACCGGUGCCGGCGCCGGCCUCCCAUGACAUCGAGAAGCUCCUUUCCUCGUUUGACGCGUUGUUCCUCGUCAAGUAGCCACUCUUGCCCCCUCCUCUUCUGUGUUCCCCCCCCCCCCCCUCUCCAGCAUCCGCCCACCACACACCACCCCUUUUGCCAUGAAAUGAGCAUUGGCCGAACUGCUGAACGAGCGAAGAAGAAAAAGAAGAAGAAGAAUAAAGUGAUGGACACCAGGUGGGAAAUGUGCAA